CAACCUCUCUUAUUUAGUAUUUUGAUGGAAAAACGGGAGAGAGUAGAAAAAUGGUUUUAUCCUACCAGCUCAAGGGUAUUUCUUGAAGAGCACGUAAAGAAUUGCGAAAUAGUGUUUCUGUCACCUCACCAUUUUUGGAUUAAAGUUUACUUGUCAACCCCCAUAGAUAUAACCGUCCAUGUGCAUUAUUUUUAUAUUUCUUAAUGUGGACGUCAGCUGCUGAACAAGUCGGCAGUACUCUCCAAGAAUGGGGUUUCAAACCCUGGAGAUUCUACGGCAGGGAGUAUGGGCCUCGGUCACCGGAGGAUUUUUCUAUGACCCCCAUCACGACCUCUUCUGCAACACAUUCCACUUUUACACGUGGAUGUUUCUUGUUUUGUCACCUUUCUUAGUUCACUUGUGGUCUAGUAGUACAUGGUACCCCUGGGUGGCCUAUGCUGGUGCAAUUCUGAUUGCAUUCUCUGCAAUCAAAGUUAUCAAUCUCAGAUUGCACUUGAUGUUUGACACCAGUGAAUCCAUUGAAGAACAGCCACAAGACAUUCACAGACUGCGUCAUAAAGGCAAUCAAGCCAAUAGUGAUUUUGAAGAUAUUGAAUUACAAGUACUGAGCACCAAAGAAACCCGUUCUGACAGUGUCUCGCCAACAGUGCCUGAUACGUUUUUUCAUUCGGUAUCGAACCGAAGUCAACAAGGGCGAACAAUUUCUUCAGUGAAUGAAGCUGUAUGUGAACUUUCUGCUGCAGGUGUCACUGCCAGUAGUGAUCAACAUUGUGAUGUUAAAGUUGACGUUCAUCGUAAAAGCAGUUCGGCCAGCAGCGAACCCGCCAUUUUGGCACUCGAUGCCCAGCCAGAGAAAGCAAGGCGGCAGUCAAUCACCAAAUCUAAGGGCCACACGUUGGUGGAUGGCGAUGAUGCUUUUACACCUGAGGCCAUGACGUCUCUCAAAUCUGUAGACACGGAGGAGGCAGAAAAGGCUGAACGGAGUUGCCUUCGACCAUCUACUGGUGGUCGACGGUUCUCCAACGUCUCUAACUUAGCUUUCGAGAUGAGCAGAACUACAAUUUCAGCUCCGCGCCUUCAAGGCGGUGGAUCUUUGGAAUUGGGAUUUGUCUUAGAAGACUCAGUUCAACUGACUAAUAAAAUCAUUUCGCGUCCUUCUGGUACUGGAGGUUUAGCAUCUGUGCGACGAACCCUUAGCGCACUUGAAACCUCGUCUGGUUCAGCUGAUCCGUCAUCAACAGCUUCUGCCCCUCAAAAUGUGGGAGGAGCCAUGAGCUACGUGAUAUGCGAUCCCAUUACAGAGCACCAAAACGCCGAACAGUUCCAUCAGCAAAGAGAUGCCGAACGACAAAUAGAUUUAUCCACCUACGAAACUGGUGCGACGGCCGUAGUUGGAGCAACAACGCCUACAGAGCGUAGUCCUCUACUAGUCCCUAAUGCUAAAGCGAAUAAUGAACUUCCCGACUGGGCUGCCUUCUUGACUAGCACGCCCAUGCAAAAGCAGCUGCUACUACAGCCUGUCAGCAGCAGCGCCAGCAGCAGUACCACAGCCAGUCAAGAUGCUUUACAUAGUCUCAAUGUAUCGCGAACUCGGCAGCUUUUUGCGCUGUCUCCAAUGCGAGCUCAUCCCAUUUCCUCCACAGAAAUUUCCAAUGGUCGCACUGGACAAGCUCCGCUUCGUGAUUUAGACACGCCGACAUCUAAUUCAAGUUCUAGUAGUACAGCAGAUAGCACGGAAGGCGAAGCUGUUCGACUUCUACCUCUCCCUCCUCGAACGUUGCCUUUACCUUUACGUUCGCCUCCUACACUAACCACUUCUGUUAGUACCACCAUUUCCAGUUCAUCUCUACCUCAGCCUUCAGCAUCCGGCGAUCAAGGAGUUAUCCCCAAACGCCGUCAACAUUCCGGAACGUGUCAAAUUGAAGAAGAAUCGGAAGAAGAAGAAAAUGAAAUUGUUGCUGAUUCUACACGAUUGCAGGAUGAAGUAAGUCAAUUCACACCACCGAAAAGACGGAAAUUAGCAGCCAGACGGAGACGUCAUCCGAUUGAAUCGUCUGGUAAUAACAUGGUAGCAAUGUUAGAAGAUGAGGCAUAUGGAAGCAGCAGUACAGGUGCAACAGGUCAAGCACGUAAUCGGAAACCAUGCACAAACAGGCCACGCCGUAGACGACGGGCAAAUGCUUUCUACACUGCCAGUGUUCCUCUCGAGAGGAAGGACCACGAUGUGAAGCGGGUCGUGGAACCGAUUGCUGUGCCGUCCACCUUCGUCCUACCCCCAUCCACCUUUCCGUGGUUUUCCGGCACUGGUACGCAGGCCUCGGAUAUCUCGGCCAAUUCGGGAGCCAAUGUUUCUACAGCAACGCGCAUUACCCACUUGUCCACUCCUGGAAAUAGCGCUAUGCCUGGUGAACAUUUGAGCAGUUCAUCCAUCAGCUUGAGCUCAGCGUUAACAGUAGUCGUUCCAGAUAGUCCAACUGUGCUGUUUCAACCAUGUCCAAAGGAAAGGCGACGAGAAACAGAGCGGCCUGAUUGUUUACGAAGCCGAAGUAGUCGGGAUCGAGAUCGACGGAGCCAUGGAGCUGGAUCGACGACGUCCAAUCCAGCCGCAGUAGAAGCAACCAACGUGGCCGAAUAUUUUGGAUCCAACACGAUGCAGUACCUGUUGUACAAUCUACAUACUGGCCGAAGUCCUUUACAGUUUAUCAGUGCAACCAAUCUUGGUCCGGGAAGUGGAGAACGCCAUCAUGGACACGGUGCUCGUCAUCAUCAAAACCCGUUUGGCCUGCCAAACAUGGUAGAUAGUGUGGCUGAAGCUUUGGGUCGUGUAAAUAGUUUGCCCAAUGCCAACAACAAUCACAACGAAGCUGUUAGAUUACGAAAUAAUGGAUCGGAACCGGAAGAACUUCAAUCACCUCCGAUAUUGCCUCUUGUUAAGAGCAGACGAUACUACCGUUUCAAAUUAUGGCCAAAGUGUCCGUGGUCUAAUUCCCCCACUUCAGGAUCUGUCAAAAUUCGCUUCGAUCGUCUGGCCCUCCUGGCUCUGCUGGACCGCAACGUUUCGUCAUGGGACAGUGCCCUUUGCGUCCUCUUGGCCCUGACUGUCAGUAUCCUGACGGCCCUAGUACUUCGCUCUGGACUUCUCCAAGAUGCUUACGCCUUUCUCUUCUGCCUGGUUUGCGCUGGAUGCCAGUACUCGAUGCUCAAAAGUGUCCAGCCCGAUGCAGCUUCGCCCACUCACGGCUUCAAUCGACUGGUGGCUUUCAGCCGUCCAGUUUAUUUCAUCGUUAUGGUCUCUCUUCUCCUGCUGGCCGACUACUACGCCAACAAUCGUACUGGCCGAUCUACUUAUCUCUACGGUGUCGAGUGGGGCAGUCCCGAACAAUUGUCAAUCCUAAAAAUUUUUUUAUUGAUUCUCAUCCUCGGUUUCCCGGCCAUCUUCAGCCUGGGCCUUUUGCCGCAGAUUUCUACAUUUACCGUUCAUAUUCUGGAACAAGUAGACAUUCACGUAUUUGGAGGAACAGCUGUUACCGGCCUUAGUUCAGCUAUUUUUGUUGUGUUGCGAUCAUGUUUUUUGGUAGCUCUUCUCUUUGGACCUGCUUUUGCUGGUUUAAAAGAGCCAGCCAACCCUCAACACAUCCUCUUCUCAGCUUAUUGUGGUCUAUUAAUCGCCUCAUGUUAUCACGUCAGUCGUUGCUCUUCGGAUCCCUCAACUCUUUGGAGCUGGAUAAUCCAGCUGGCAACUCAAAAGGACGUGAGUGGAACAAAAGAAGAAGGCAAACCGGACGAAAAGGUCCUUCCCAAUGAGGAGGAAGAAGAUUCACUUCCUCGGCAGAUGCGUGAAACGAUCGUGGCACGCCUCCGUUCGGACGCUAUUGUCUGCCCGCUAGUGGCCAUCUUAGUAUUCGGCGUUCACUGUAGCACCGUCUUCACUAGCCGACAGUUACAACCCGUCUUAGGUGAAGUGUUGUGGAUGGCACCAUCCGCCCUUGGUUUCUUGCUUCAUUAUCUAGUUCCCCAAUUAAGGAAGCAAUUACCUUGGCUCUGCUUCUCCAGACCGCUGAUGCGCUCUGCUGAGCACAACCAGUUUGAAGUUCAUCAGCCGGCCCGACUCAUGUGGUUCGAACGGACGUACUUAUGGUUAACUAUGCUGGAACGCUACGUUCUCCUGCCCGUUCUCUUCCUGGAUGUGAUGACUCGCGAUUCACCUACACUAGUCGCCAAGUUUGGAUUACCAGCUGGUACACUUCUGGCCGUCGUCUGCGGUACCAAAGCCGUUCGGUCCUGUUUGACAGACCCUUCGUCUCAAUACCUUAUCAUCACCUUUGCCAAGUUACUGUUUGGCAAGGAUUUGGCCAGUGCUGGUUACUCGGAAACUUUCCUCGUCGAUUACUUUAUCGUCAGCCUGCUGUUGUCCAAAGUGGCCGAAUUCCUGCUCAAGAUCCAGUUCAUCAUUACUUACAUCGCCCCGUGGCAGAUCACUUGGGGCUCUGCGUUCCACGCUUUUGCCCAGCCGUUCAGCGUACCCCAUUCGGCUAUGCUGUUUGUUCAGGCUGCCGUAUCGUCAGUGAUGUCGGCCCCGUUAAGUCCGUUCUUGGGUAGUGCCAUUUUUUUUACGUCUUACGCCCGGCCUAUCAAGUUCUGGGAACGAGACUAUAAAACGAGACGGGUAGACGCUUCUAAUACCCGGCUGGCCAGUCAACUGGAACCGACACGGAACCCAGGCGGAGACGACAACAACCUCAAUUCCAUCUUUUACGAGCAUUUAACACGUUCGUUGCAACAAUCGCUGGCCGGUGACCUGAUGCUCGGUCGUUGGGGUGGUCCCAUCAGUCAGGGUGACUGCUACGUGCUGGCGUCAGAGAACCUCAAUUGCCUCGUCCAUCUAGUCGAGCUGGGCAAUGGAGUAGUGACGUUUCAAGUCCGCGGACUGGAAUUCCGUGGCACUUAUUGUCAGCAGCGCGAAGUGGAGGCCAUUUCGGAAGGUGUCGAAGAAGAUGAUACGUGCUGUUGCUGUGAACCUGGCCACUUACCUCACAUGCUGGGUGGAAAUGCUGCGUUUAAUCAGAGAUGGCUGGCGUGGCAGGUCAUGGCUACCAAAUACGUCCUGGAAGGCUACAGCAUUUCAGAUAACAACGCGGCUAGUAUGUUGCACGUCUUCGACUUGCGUCGGAUCUUGGUCACGUAUUACGUCAAGAGCGUCAUAUAUUACGUGACGCGGUCGCCUAGAUUGGAAGACUGGCUUAGCAACCCGGCGAUUGUCGAAGCGCUCCAGUCCAUGUCAUCGGAUCGUUCCUUUGCUGAUCUCGACCCAGUCUUCAAUAUCAACAUCGAUGAAGAUUAUGACUAUCACGUGCCUGGAAUCACCCGCUUUAGCUUUUGUUCCGUCUACCUCAGUUGGAUCAAGUACUGUGCCGGACGUCGCGAGAAACCCGUUGAUAGCGGGCGCGAUUCCUUGCUUGUUUCCCUUUGCCUGGCUCUCAGCCUUUUGGGUCGUCGAGCCCUUGGUUCGGCUGCCCAUUCGGCCCUAUCUAGUGUCGAAUUCUUCUUGUACGGACUGCACGCUCUCUUCAAGGGAGAUUUCCGUAUCACUUCGUUCCGUGAUGAGUGGGUAUUUAACGACAUGGAACUUUUACGCCGCGUCGUAGCGCCAGGUGUCCGAAUGUCGCUCAAGUUGCAUCAAGAUCAUUUCACUUGCCCAGACGAGUACGAUGACCCCAGCGUACUUUAUGAAGCCAUCGGCGGUCAUGAAGAGAAACUAGUAAUUUCCCACGAAGGAGAUCCAGCUUGGAGACGAGCCGUUUUGUCAGGUGUCCCAUCAUUACUCGCUUUGAGACACGUCGUCGAUGACAACUCGGAUGAGUAUAAAAUCAUUAUGCUCAACAAGAGAUUUCUCAGCUUCCGAGUUAUCAAGUUGAACCGGGAAUGUGUCCGCGGUCUUUGGGCUGGACAGCAACAAGAGCUCGUUUACUUACGGAACCGCAAUCAAGAAAGAGGGAGUAUACAGAACGCUAAACAGGUGCUACGGAAUAUCAUCAACUCUUCAUGUGAUCAGCCGAUUGGUUAUCCAAUCUAUGUUUCGCCGCUAAUGACAUCAUUCGCUGAAACCCAUCCGCAAAUCCGGGGCACUCUGGGUGGGCCGUUAAGCAUCCAUGCUAUUCAGAAGGCCGCUCUAGCCUUUUUCCGAAGAUUGAGAACGCGUUGCGGAGAAGGCUGUUCUAGCGGUGGAUCCGGAGUAGGAGGAUCUGGUGGAGUGCAAUGUGGUGAUGUGGAAAUCAGUUUGGAAAAUCUUCGUUCAAAUUUGAUGUCAACAGCAACAACUGCGGGCAGUUUGAAUGCUACCACGACAACGACAUCUGUUGGCAGAGGGUAUCCCGCUUUCACAUGUAGUUUCACAGGAUCAACUAGCAGUGCGCUCGGCCCGAUGGGUCUUGGAACCUACGCCGCUCUUAACGCUUCCAACGCUGGAAUGACUUCGUUUGCAUUCAAUCCAGCACGAGGAUCGAGUCCGCGGAGUUCGCUGGGUACUCAGAGAGGCAGCAUUGCGUCCACUAUGAGUGGGACGUUGAGGAAACCAUCCGGCUCUACUCUUAUUAGCUUAGCAGGUAUGCUAGCUGAAAGAGAUUCCGUAGCAGCUGCGACAGCCGCCGCUGCCACGACGGCCACAUCAACUCCAAUGGGAAGUGGGACGCUUAAUGGGAGUGCACCGUCCGUACGUGAAAGACGUUCUAGUCGAGGUUCGGAGUCACAAGAGCGGGAUGUUCGUUUACGGCGUCAAGCAGCAGAAUCAGGAGCUGGUGCUGUGUCUCGGCAGAGAAAUUCUUCCGGACGAACUGGUGAAGAUGAAAGACGUGGCGCAAGAGAACGGAGCCGCCGACGAGAUCGCUCCAGACGUGAUCGUUUUGAUCGGCUUGAAACUGCGGACACAGACCGGCCUCUGUACGAAACAGAGGCUUUUAUGGACAGCCGGAUUUCUGUUGAUCAACUGGUUAAGAUUGUUGAUCCCAAUCAAGUUUACGAUACCAUCAAUCUUGGCCGGCGCAUUGACGUUCUCUGGCCAAGCCCAACAAUUCGUAACCAAGGAGGAAAAUCGUAUUGGAAGUCGUGGUUGCCUGAGGCGGGCAUGGAAGGACUGGUGGUACAUCGUUGGGUGCCUAAUCAUCCAGAUUCGCGACAAAGAUCGCACGUGGAUCGCGUCAUCCUUCUCUUGCUAAUGGAAGAUAAAUACGUGCCAAUUGCCGAAUCGGCGGUUGAACCAGUAUCAUUUGCUAGCACCAGCCUUGGGGAAUCAAGCGUCCUGAUUAAAGAUUAAAGCCAAGGAAAUCGCAGAUUAGUUUUCCAAAAUUGAAAUUUUUCAAUUAUCUCUUUUCUUUUCUUUUUUUUUUUCGUUUGAGUCGAAUAGGCUCAAAAACAGGUGAUUUGAUUUGAAAUGUCAACUCCGAAUUCGUUUUGGCGAAAUUUGUUUGUAAAUAGUUUUGUGUUAACCAAAAUGUGUAUUGUUUGACAUUGAUUAUGAAAGGACCACUGUGAUUUACAAACAUUGUCAAUAGUAUAUGAAUGCGUGGAAUAUAAUUUGAACUGA